CUCACUUUGUCUCCUUUCCCCCUAUAUUCUUCCAAAGCUGUUUGACCUGCUAUAUUUAAGCCUGCUUUCGAGUAUAUCCCAUAAGGUAAUUAUGUGACCAUCUGUGUCCUCUUUGGUUUCGGAGUGAAAAAUAAACGAAAAUGUUCACUGACGCGGGAGGUCCAUCUAACGCAACGUAUGUCCGAAAGCUUGUACCCUGUCGCCUAUUGGUGAAAACUUUUGGGGGCUGAGCCACGUGCGGGAAUGCGAUUGGUUUGCGCAGAGGCCAGUUUAACCAGACGGUUCAAAAAUGGCCACUAUUCUUCAGCUAUCACUUGUCAGUUUAUUGGGAAAUCUCAAGCAGAGGUUACUGUGCGCGUUCAGCCUGUUUAUUCUUGAUAGCGCUCAAGCCAUCCUGACAGGCAGUCAUGUCUUCCGACACGGAGCAGCCGUUACCUUGGCCCUCGUAUCGCGAAUAUUUUUCUGUUCUGACAACGACUGCGACAAACAUCACAGUGCUGUGCAACAUUUGCAGUAAACAGUACUCAGCAAGCAGGACGUCUUCGUCCAACCUGCGCAAGCAUCUAGAGAAGAAACAUCCUGUCGCUCUGAAGGAAUUCGACUCUAAGAAAAGGAAAGCCGAACCUGGUCAGCCCUCGAAUGAGAAAAGACAUGCGGGUGGCGGCUCGACACAGACACUGGAGUUCUAUCUUGCAGGAACGAGUCGACACAAAGCUGUGCCGCAAAGUCAGAUAGACAGGCUAAUUGUAAACUUUGUGGUAGGCGACAUGCAGUGCUUUUCAGUCGUUGAAAAUGAACACUUCCGGCGCUUGAUCAUCGGAAUGCAGCCAUCGGCAACAGUGAUGAACCGAAAGUCUUUUGUGAAUCAUCUGGACAUCCUCUACCGAGAACAAAAAGCGUCCCUCAUCGCUACCCUUGAGAAGGCGACGAGGGUCUGCUGCACAGCAGACUGCUGGACAGCCUCAAACAGGUAAGUUCUUGAUGCACUGCACCCUAUCUAUACGAUACUCUCAGUGAGACGCAGGUCGG